GUUCCGUCAGCCCCCCCUCCCAAGAUAAAGCAACUCCCAAUAAUGACCAUCUCGAAUUUGCCAUCCCUAAGCUUGAAUCCCCCGCAGGAGUCCACACACUCUACCCAAACUUCAAGUGGCUCAUGCGAAUCUGAACGGUUCCCAUUUAUGACAAAAAUCCUAUCGGAAACAAACUGGCCUCCCACAAAUGGAACCGUUAUCCCAAUCGAUUCUGCUCUAAAUUCGUCGGAUCAGACGUCCCUCGGUGGACCGACAGGUCCACAUGAUGUGAUUCAGUCAACCUUGGGGUCAAAUCCUCUGCACAGUGGACCGAUACAGUUGUGGCAGUUCCUAUUGGAAGAGCUUCGCAAUCCACAAGCACGCGAGUUUAUUCACUGGACUGGGAAUGAUUGGGAAUUCAAAUUGAAGGAUCCGAAUCAAGUGGCCAAACGUUGGGGUGCGCGGAAGAAUAAGCCAAAAAUGAAUUACGAAAAAUUGAGCCGCGGACUACGAUACUACUACGAUAAACGGAUCAUACAAAAAGUUUCCGGAAAACGAUACGUUUAUCGGUUUACUCAAAAUAUUCACGAACUCCUCCGAGAAAUCAAUGGAAGUUGUUAA